UCUCGUAUGGAGUGAUGGGUAUUAGCGGUCGAUGGAUUUCCUGAGCCUGGUUUAAAGUAAUCCAGACCUGGAGGCUGUGCUGAAAUGCAGGGAUAGACGGAUACAUCAUUAUAGAGCAGCUGCUAUAUCUAACAGAGUCACCGUUACUAAAGCUCAGCUUAACCUACAGUCCAGAUGAUGUUAUUUUAUUCAAAGCUUUGUUUAUUUGCAAGCAUUCAUUAAACUUCAUCAUUUCUCAAGGUCAGUUUAUUGUUACUCAAGGUUAUUUAGGUCAAAUGACUCUUUCUGUUUUAGUUUACAGCAGGUGUUUAUGAGUGGUUGAAUUUGAUUGAUGAAUUUAAUCUCAAGAUUCCACAUUUAGUAGAAAUUGAAUCUGAAGCAGCACAACAUUUCCACUUUUAACUGGAGUUUAUCAACAUCUUGCAUGUAGCUCUUUUCAUGUAUUUUUUUCAUGGGUGCGUGCGUGAGUGUUGUGAGUCCAGGUGCCGUUGCAUAUGGUCAGGAUGGCUCUGCUGUGGCUCUCCUUCACAGCAUCACUACUGAUCUGGAGCUCUACGGUGGCCCUCAGGGAUAUAAGGUGUGUAGAGUGAAGUGGAGGGAGGCUCAUGGCUCUCUGGUGGGGUUUGGGUCGGCUGGGCCUCAUAUUGGCCCUUAUGGCCUUCUUGCACCCGACACAGAGCUGCCCACCGCGUUGCGACUGCGCGGCUCAGCUGCGCUCCGUCUCCUGUCAGCGCAAGCGUCUCUCCGGAGUUCCAGAGGGCAUCCCGACAGAGACGAAGCUGCUGGAUCUCAGUCGAAACCGCUUGCGCUGGGUCGCGCCCGGAGACCUGGCACCGUACCCGAGGCUGGAGGAGGUGGAUCUGAGCGAGAACCUCAUCACGACUCUGGAACCGAACGCCUUCGCCAGUUUGCAGGCCCUGCGUACCCUGCGGCUCCGGGGAAACCAGCUGAAGCUCGUGCCUAUGGGAGCAUUCGCACGACUUUCAAACCUUACCACGCUGGACCUGAGCGAGAACAAGAUCGUCAUCCUGCUGGACUACACCUUUCAAGAUCUAAGGAGUCUCAAAAAUUUGGAGGUGGCUGACAAUGACCUGGUCUACAUAUCGCACAAGGCUUUCUCAGGGUUGCUGGGUCUUGAGGAUCUCGCCAUCGAGAGGUGCAACCUGACGUCCAUCUCUGGCCAGACUCUCUCGUAUCUGCGUAAUCUCGUCACCCUGCGACUUCGUCAUCUCAGCAUCUCUGCACUCGAGGACCAAAAUUUCCGCAAGCUCACCGCUCUAAGAGGCCUUGAGAUUGACAACUGGCCCUAUUUGGAGUACAUCUCACCGCUGAGCUUCCAGGAUCUCAACCUGUCCUGGCUUUUCAUCACCAACACGAACAUUACGUCGGUACCGUCGGCGUCCUUCCGAAACUUGGCUUAUCUGACGGCGCUUAACCUCUCCUACAACCCCAUCUCUGUGCUGGAGCCCUGGGCCUUUAGAGAUCUUAUUAGACUGAAGGAACUACACAUGGUCAGCACCAAUCUGCUCACCAUAGAGCCUCACGCUCUCGGAGGCCUGAGACAAAUACGAGUUCUCAAUCUGUCCAACAACGGGCUCGUCGCUCUGGAGGAGAGCUCCUUUCAUUCCGUCAACAGCCUGGAAACUUUGCGAGUGGACGGAAACCCGUUGUCCUGCGACUGCCGACUUCUUUGGAUCCUGCAACGACGACGUACCUUGAAUUUCGACGGACGGAUGCCCGUGUGCGCCGGGCCGGCAGAGGUGCGGGGAUACGCGCUGAGCACCUUCACAGAUUCAGCGUUGUUCGAUUACUUCACCUGUCAGAAGCCAAAGAUCAGAAACAGGAAGCUCCAGCAGGUGACCGUGCACGAAGGCCAAGCGGUGUCGUUCCUUUGCCGGGCCGAGGGCGAGCCGACGCCAGCCAUCGUCUGGAUCUCGCCACAGAGAAGGAGGCUUGCGUCAAAAAGCGAAGGCAGGAUCGCGGUGCUACCGGGUGGUACGCUGGAGAUCCGUUACGCCCAAGUGACGGACAGCGGCACGUACAUCUGCAUCGCCAGCAACGCGGGCGGCAACGACACCUACUUCGCCACGCUGACGGUCAAGGGCCGGGCGGCGGACGCGGUGCCGUUCGCCAACCGUUCGCUGUAUUCGGCAGACUUUAACGACACUGGCCUGAACGGCACACGUGUUUUCCUUAAGUUCACGCUGGACCUGACCACCAUCCUGGUGUCCACGGCGAUGGGCUGCAUCAUGUUCCUGGGGGUCGUGCUCUUCUGUUUCCUGCUGCUGUUCGUGUGGAGCCGCGGACGGGGACAGCGCAAAAACAACUUCACGGUGGAGUAUUCCUUCAGGAAAACAGAAGGACCGAGCACCGCCGCAGCUUCCGGAGGAACGCGCAAGUUCAACAUGAAGAUGAUAUGAAACAACGCAGCCAGGGGUCCGCUGGGGGAAGCAUAAACUCCACAUGUAGACACAAACACACACAGUGCUGAUUUGCAGAAAUACAAGCCAAACGGAGAACGGCGGGUCACGAUCUGAUCUUAUAUAAAAAUAUCCUCGUCCUCCAAACGCUUUUAUUUCUUAUGGUUAUAUAAGAGGCUAAUGUAACUGUCAGUGAAUAUCUCUGCACUUUUACAGCCGCGCUGUCUUCUCCCUUCUUAGCUUUCAUACAAGUAAACGCAUGUAAAUGUGCUCUUUAGAGGGAGCUGCUAAUUAGCAUUUAGUCAUUUAGAGACAAAUAAAUCCAAAGCUAUUUCCAUAAUGUCUCCUAAUACAACGCCUACUUUACUCCAGUUCACAGAGCCAAAGCUGAGAAGAGAAAAAAACAGGACCAAGAAAAUAAAUGACAUGUAAAUCCAUUGAUUUAACACAUUAUACUGAUAUAUUAGAUUUGGGUCUUAAUGACAAACAAAACGUGGUCCUAAGAGACGCCAUGAAAACAAAUCAUUCGUUGCCAUCGGCUUGAUGUUCUGCAAUAAGCGACUGUGUGAGUUGGGAUGAGCACACCGACCGCUUCGCUGUAAAGACAAUACCGUAGUAGCGGUGCUGUAUUACAGUUUACUGUCAGUCAGAAUCACUGUGUGUGUGCGUGCGUGUGUGUGUGUGCGUCUGUGUGUCGUUGGUUCUGACUGUGCACAGAUUCAGAUGCCUGUCUCCGACUGAUGAUGAGGUUUCUUACCCACAAUUCCCCUCCAUCAUUCUGGGUUCACGCCACUGAUCUAUAUAAAUGACUGUAUUGCGCAUGACGUCACACUUGUGAAGCCACCGCGCCGCCAUGUUGGUAUACCCAAACGUUCUAUUAAAUCAAUCAAUAGACGUUCACUUCGUUUUUAUAUGUGAAGUUACCCUGUACAUUAUUACAACACAAACGUCCUAAGCAUGUAAAUAGUUAUUUACUGAAAGUUGUACAUUUUGCGUUUUAAACAGUUAUUAUACAUUCACCUUUAUUACAGUAUCAGAUCAGCAGACAGACCGCAGCAUAUUUAGUAUUAAAGGCGUUCUAAGCGAAUCUGCGAGAUGUUAGUUUUUGUUGACGUUUGAAUUUUUUUCAAACAGACGGAGCUUCUGCGCUUUCAUGAACGCGACCAACCCCCACCCCCAAAUCCUUCUUGUCGUUUAUUGGUUAGAACACUUUGUUAUGGUUUCUGUUUGUAGGUUUGGCCACUGUGUUGUUAUUGCCGUUUGUGAAGCCUGGGCUGUCUCAAGAGAUCGCGUUUUUUUACAGUUUGAUCAGCGGACAGGCAGCAAGCAGAUAGUGAGGAGAUGUUUCUGUAUGUAACAAAAAAUGUUUUAUGGUCUAAAACGCGUCAAUUCGCUUAGAGAACCUUUAAUGACAAUAAACGUGCUCAUUCUGAAAUCUAAAUAAAUAAUCAUGCUUUGUACCGUAUGUGCAUGCAAUAAUUUGCUCGUUUUGUAAUUAUGUUAUCCAAACUUACAAGUUGCCUAAACUUAUUUGGAGAAAUAACGCUGACCGUCACCAUGUAGCUGAAUGUCAAAAAAAACUUUAUUUAUACCCGUGUCAUUAACAAAUGCAGCAGACACACUCACCUUAACGUUUUUUUAUAAAUCCAUUAUCCUGCCGGAUUAAAACAUAAACAUUGCAAAUAACACCAGAAUUAACAAAUAAUUUACGAACACAUAUCCUAAAAAUUAACCUUGUGUAACUGAUACGCUGUAAAGGGGGUAGAUUUUGAUCAUAAAUUUGAAUGUAAGUCAAUGAAGCCCUCUGCCGGUUGGGUAUACCAAGAUGGCCGCUCGAACUCACGCGGUUACGUCAAGCGUUCUAUGCACAAUCCAGUCAUUUAUAUAGAUCAGUGGUUCACCCACAUACUGACAACCUGCUAGCCUUCAUGGGGACAGGCCGAGCGAGGGUCACAUCAGACAGAGAGAGAGAGAGAGAGAAGCGCACAUAUGCACACAAGCCAUACAAUCAGAUUUAUUAUCAGGAGGUUUACAGCAAUAGCAUUCAUUGAGACCAAACCAAAUCUCUGGCAGAAAAAUACAAAUAACUUUGUGAUUCAUAAACAGAAGCUUGGUAUAUUUGCAAUAAAUUGCAAGAGAAAAGUUUAUUUUAUGAUUGUUUCAAUGGAUUUUACUCUUUAAAUAUUCAUGAGUGAUUGAUUAGUUAUGUUUGAUUUUAUAUAUUUGGUGUUUUUUCAUAGACGCGCCCGGCCGAGCUCAGCUUCACUGUGAAUUCAUUUCUUUAUCUUUAUUUCACAAACAGUGAGAUAUGACAUCGUUAUUCACAUAGAUUAUAUUUACAUUUAUUAAUGGUGCCAAAUAUCUGAUUAAUAAUUAGCUUGGCCUGUACGACAUCCAAUACCAUAUACAUAACACACACACACACCUCUCUCUCUCUCUCUCUCUCUCUCUCUCUCUCUCUCUCUCUCUCUCUCUCUCUCUCUCUCUAUCUCUCUAUCUCUCUCUCUCUCUCUCUCUCUCUCUAUCUCUCGCUCGCUCUGACAGUCUUGGUUUGGCGGUCGGUGUGCAGAUCUCUGCUUCCUCUGCCCAGUCUCAUUCCCUUCAUCCCUCUCAUACCUGACUGGGUCUCAAUGAGGGAGGGUCCCUGGCUGGUGACCUCAGAUGUUCAUGAUAUCAUGUCACUCAUCUAGUCCAUAUGUCGUUGACUGUAGAGGUAUUAAUAUGUUUAUAUUUAUAUAUGAUUGGUUUAGGAUGUGCUUUCGUAUUUCUAUAAAUUGCUUUUUUAAUUGUGUUUUAAAAAUAUCAUCAGAAAUAUCAAUAAUGCAUCUGUUCUCCACACCGCGGCUGCAGGUUAAAUGAAUAGUUAAUCUGGUUCUCUUGUGAACUAGUAAGAUUAACCAGCAGCUGCUGUUGAAAACAGAUAUGUUAACCAAUAAACUACAAGAGCCAUAAAUGAUGAAUGUUGUGACUUUAUCCAGGAAUCUGUGUGCAAUAUGAGAAAUACAAUCACAUCAGCUUCAUGUCUCUUUAUUGAUACAGUAACAAACUCUUCAGUGAUAAAUAUAUAACGCACACAUGGAUACUGAAGAUCAAAACAGACACCUGGACCACAAAGAUGCCAUCUGAUGUUGUGUCUUUCACAAUCCUCAGUAAAAGUUGUGUAACAAAACCUUGAUGAAAUCCAUUUUAAGUCAAAUAUAUCUGUAAAUGGAUCUGUUGGACUGUGACAUUGAUCUGAUGUGUUUGUAUUUUACACCGGGGAGUAUUUACAGUCCCUGUUUAGAUGUCUGGAUUGGGUGAAGUAAACAUAUCAGGAUUAUUGUGACCCUGGCUGUUUUGUGUUGACUUGUAGCUCAUUGUGUGGUCAUGUGAGUAGAGUCGAUGUUGUCCUUGUGAUUGGAUGUUGAUUUAGUUGAGCUCUCUCUGUAAGUGUGAUGAUAGACAGAAAGCUCAGAGAUUCAGCCGGGAUUUAAACCCACAACCUCCCGCUCGCCCGCCCGCCCGGCGUCCUCUUAUCCUUCAUUCAUGUCAUCUGUUAUUACAACUACUGCCUCUUGGAUGAACUGGAUGCUGUACUUCCCUUCUUUCCUGAAAACAGGAUCUCAGACGAGUUAUUCCGGAUCGUUCUGAACACGUUUGUAGUUUGGUCUGAUGAUAUGGAGGGGUUCAGCACUGAAUUGGCUUGUUUUCAGUUUGUGGAUUUGAAUUGAAAAUGGGAGGAAGAGAAAAUUACCAAACAAAAAUGACAUCGCUUUUUUAAUCCAUCUUCAUCUAUUGAUGACAUUGUUUUGUUAAAUGUGAUUAUUCUGAAUAAAGUGUUCUUGCAUUAGGGUUCAUAAUUCAAGUAAAAACAAUAACUAUUAUUGAAACUCAGUUCUGUAUUGUGUAGGACAGUCAUGAGAGAUUUAUGUUUGUUUGUGUUUG